GCGGCGCCUGGAGCUCGAAAGGACGUGUUGGAAAAAAGAAGAAGAAGAAGAAGAAGAAGAAGAAAGAAAGAAAAAGAGACAGUAGGACUAACUGACUGACAGUUUAAAGUUUAAAUCUGCUUCUGGUUUCUGGUUUCUUCUGUUCUGGUGUUACUGGUUCCAGUUUUUCCGUUCAGCCUCAGUAACAGACACACACUCCGCCCACAACCCGCCCACUCUGACAUCACAGCUAGUGGGGGCAGGAGGUGAUGCUGCCCAGGACCCCCGACGAUGGUGCCAGAAAAACACCUGAAGAAGAUGAAGAAGACGAAGAAGAAGAAGAGGAGGAGGUUGCCAUGACAUCCGCCAACAGCCAGGAUGCCAGCUCGGACUCGGGGGAGGAGACGGGGGCCACGCUGUCCGACUCCACCCGGGAGGCGUUACUGUGGCAACGGGAGGAGGCGGAGCGAGAUGAGGAGGAGACGCGGGCGGUGGCUUCAUCUCCGGACGGACGAUUCCUGAAGUUCAACAUCGAGAUCGGAAGAGGAUCCUUCAAGACGGUUUACAAAGGACUGGACACAGAGAACACACUGGAGGUGGCCUGGUGUGAACUGCAGACUCACCGUCUGACCAAAGCUGAGCGUCAGCGUUUCAGCGAGGAAGUCGAGAUGCUCAAAGCUCUGCAGCAUCCAAACAUCGUUCGGUUCUUUGACUCCUGGAAAUCGACGCUGAAGGGACACCGAUGCACCAUCCUGGUGACGGAGUUAAUGACAUCCGGAACCCUGAAGACGUACCUGCGCAGGUUCCGUCAGAUGAAGCUAAAGCUGCUGCAGCGUUGGAGUUUCCAGAUCCUGAAGGGGCUUCAGUUCCUGCACUCGCGCAGCCCCCCCAUCCUGCACCGAGACCUCAAGUGUGACAACAUCUUCAUCACCGGACCCACAGCCUCCGUCAAGAUCGGAGACCUGGGCCUCGCCACGCUCAAGAGGGCAUCUUUUGCCAAGAGUGUCAUCGGGACUCCGGAGUUCAUGGCUCCAGAGAUGUAUGAAGAGAAGUACGACGAGGCCGUGGAUGUUUACGCCUUCGGUAUGUGCAUCCUGGAGAUGGCGACGUCUGAGUAUCCGUACUCUGAGUGUCACAACGCCGCCCAGAUCUACCGCAAGGUCACCAAUGGAAUCAAACCGGACAGUAUUUUCAAAGUAAAAGUCCCAGAGCUGAAGGAGAUCAUCGAGGGAUGCAUCCGAACCAAGAGCAGCGAGAGGUUCACGGUUCAGGACCUGCUGAAUCACCGAUUCUUCCAGGAGACGCCCGGCGUCCACGUGGAGCUCGCUGAGGACGACGACGGCUCGAAGGCGGCGCUGAAGCUUUGGCUCCGGAUGGACGGAAACAAGAAGCUUCACGGCAAAUACAAAGACCAUGACGCCAUCGAGUUCCUGUUCGAGCUGUACAAGGACGUCCCCGAGGAAGUGGCCCAGGAGAUGGUGGUUCUGGGCUUCCUGUCCGAGGCCGAUUACAAGCUGGUUGCCAAGGCGAUCCGACACCAAGUGACGGCCAUAAAGCAUCAGCGGGAGAAACAGCGCCGCCUGCUGGAUGAAGCUAUCAGCCGCCAGAAGAAAGAGCCUGACCCUGCCUCCCAGCUAGCUGAGCCAUCCAGUCAGAGGCCUGCAGCUUCCACAAACACGCCUGCUGCUGGAAAGGUGGCCAAUCAGGACUCAGCUGCUGCUGCGGCCUCCACCUGGAUUCAAGCUCCGCCCACGAUGUCCAUGACAUCAUCAGCGGUGUCGUCAAGCGGCAGCCAGGUGGAUUCUGGGAUCAGCAGCGUCUCCAGUAGGACAGACGGAGACGAAGACAACGAGAAAACCACCAAACUCACCUUGUUCUCUUCUAUCGCCUCCGACUGUGAGACGGACAUCUCCUUCAAUUCCUCAGGUGUCUCAGAAAAAGCUGAAGCCCCGCCUCCUUCUGUCAUAAGCCCUGCCCCUGCUCCUGUGGUUCAGGAAACACCUCAACCUCAGGCUCCUCCCCCCGUUACUCGGGUCAGAUCCAAAGCGCCGCCCCUUCCUGUGUUGCGUUUCCCAAAGAGCAUCGCUGUGUCCAACAACGCUGAACGACCGCUGCUGGAAUCCAUCUGUGGCUUCUCCUCACCUGUCGACAGUUACGCCUCAGAUGUGACCUCAGGCCUGAGUGACGGCACCGACGGCCAAUCAGAUAAGAGCAUCCAGGAGGCAGCUAAAAGGGUGGCGGCCAAACAGUUCAGGAGGAGGGCGAGGGCUCGUCUGAGGAUCAUUGGGGUGUCCGACAUGGCAGACCGAGUGGUGGAGUGUCAGCUGCAGACUCACAACAGCAAGAUGGUGACGUUCAAGUUCGACCUGGACGGAGACAAUCCAGAGGACAUCGCAUCUGUAAUGAUCCACAGAGACUUCAUCCUGCCAUCGGAACGUGAAGGAUUCAUCAUCCGCAUGUAUGACAUCAUCGAGAGGGCAGAGUCAAUGAUGCAUCGGCCGCAGCCAGCUGACACCGACAGGUUACCUCACCUGACUGCAUCCACAGUGCUCAACUCUCAGUCGAACCUGUCAGAACCGGGCCUCUCCAGAACUCUAUCCGCUUCAUCAUUACCUGACACUGUCAAUGCUGACCCCGCCCCCUUGAAGGGAGCUGACUUCCUUAUCGACACUGAGGCCACGAACACUGUCAGACCACUGAGGUCGCAGUCUUUUCACACCUCAUCAGCUUCCUCGUAUCAGCCUCCCCCCUUGCCCCUCCAUUACCCCUACCCCGAUGCUCCUCCCUCCUCCCCCCUCACCCCUGCCCCGCAGUACCAUCAGCUUCCUCCCCCCUACUCCACCUACACCCCCUCCUUCCCCCCGCUAAGCUCCGCCCCUCACCUGCCCCGUGUCCACAGUAACCCCUCCCUUUCCACCCCUACGUCCCCCUCUCCACCAGCCCCUCUCCCUCAGUGGCCUCCCCCUGACCAACCUCUGUUCUCUCUGGCCAAUGUGCUCUCUCUGGCCAUGACCGUGGCACAGUCCCUCAUGCCCCCCGCUGGGGCCGCCAACCAAGGCUUUCACCCCAUGGUGUUGACUUCCCCUGAAGCUGCCGCCUCCCCUCCAUCAUCUCCAUCCGUUGGUCCGAAGCUCCAACCCCAAAACCCCACCCCCUCAUCCACUGCCGUCACACCCCGACCGCCCCCUAGUCCCCCGACACCAUCAACAGGUUCCGCCCCAGACAGCCAGCAGGGGGCGUCACCUGGCUGCUCCGCAACCACGCCUCAGGUGUCUCCCCCUGUCUCAUCCUCACCCCAGCUCUCCCCCAUACAUGAAGUGAGGAAACCUCCAGUCGUCACUGUCGGUCGUUUCCAAGUGACGCCCUCUAAGGAAGCUGCUGCUGUCCAUCUUCAGGAGCCCCGCCCCCUAGACCAGGCCACGCCCACCACACACUCACCACCUCCCUCCAGGAAGAGCCAAUCAGAGAGCAGCACUGACACCAGCACGGAGGAGCAGAGCGAAUCAGAGAGCAGCGUCAGCACGGUCACCGUCCACCCAGCUGGCCGUCCUCUGGGUUCCCAUGACAACACUCAGGAGGAGGACGAGAGGAGGAGGGGGGUACGGGUCAGCGUCAGUCAGUGGGAGGGGCCAGCUCUCAGCCAAUCAUGGAGCCGUUCUGCUACCUACAGCUCCGAUGAAUCAGAGUGUGAGGAGAUGUGGGAGGAGCUACAGGAGCUUCGUGAAAGACACCAGGUGGAGGUGCAGAACCUGCAGGUCAAUCAGAAGCGAGAGAUCGAGGAGUUGUACCAGAGGAUGGGUAAAGUCCCGCCCCCUGGGAUCGUCCCGCCGGCGGCCAUGUUGAACCAUCGCCAGCGCCGCCUGUCCAUGUCUGGGAACUAUCCUCCUUCUCGCAAAAACAGCCUGCAGAGACUGGAGCUGCUGCCCCCUGCAGGUAUCAUGAGGAAGAGUUCCAGCGGUGGUAGCGGCGGUUCUCAGGACCGAAUACUGAAAGGCGUGAGCUUCGUUCCUGGACACAGCUGCAUGUGAGAGACGAGAUGAAUUCGACUCACCACAGCUAGAACUUCAUCCGUUUCACAAACGUUCUGAGAGGGUUCUGCAAAGUUCUACUGACGCUUCCCAGAACGUUCUUCUGAAAGGCAGGAUAAUAAAGAUGUUCUAAAAAUGUUUGGUGAAAACAAAGAACAUUUUGCUCUAACAUUUUCAGAACUGAAGGUCACACUGAGAAUGUUUUUCCUUUGUUGUCAUGGAACUUGUGGAACAUUGUGGGAAUGUUUUAUAGAUUCUAUAACGUGUUCCCUCAACAGCAUCCUCAGAAUGUCUUUAGAACAUUACAGGAACAACGUUGGUGAUAUAUCACAGCACAAGAACAUUGAAAAAGAACCUUCUGUCAUGUUGUUAAUGUUUUCUGAAUGUUGCAUUGAGAACAUCCUUGAUUUACUAUCAUUGUGGAAACGUUUUUUUAGAAGAACGUUCCAUAAAGUGUUACUUUAAGAAGACGCAUGUUCUAGCAUUAAUAAAUCAAAUGACAGGAACGUUCCGUUUAAGACACAUUCUGUCAUCUGAGGACUCAAUAAUACCUGGAAAACCUUUUUUUAAAAAUGUUGUUUUGAGAAUGUUUUUCGUUUGUUAUCAUAGAACACUGUGGAUCAUUGUGGGAACAUUUUCUAUAUUUUGUAAUGUGUUCCCUUAACAUCCUCAGAACAUCGCAUCCAGAAUGUUCAACCUUUAUUAAUAAAUCACAUGACAGGAACGUCUUUUAAAGAAUGUUCUGCCAUCUGAGGCCUUAAUAACAUCUGGGAAACAUUUUUUGAAUGUUGUUUUGAGGACGCUCCUCCUUUUUUCUCAUGGACUAUCACCUGUGUUCCUGACAACGUUCUCUGAAUGUUUCAGAUUAAGGUUUUCAUCGGAACAUUGUUUGAAAUGAUAAAUGUUCGUAAAACGCUCUUUCAGCAUUAUAUUAAAACUCUGAAACAUCAUUAGAACUUGUUGCUACUGUUGCCGUACGUUGUGGGAACGUUCUCUGCUGGUUGGAACAGAAACUCUCAGGAAGAUGUUCAGUCUGAUUCCAGAUUUUUCACAUUUUUGUGAUGUUUUAGCACUUUAGCAAGAAAACGCUGAGUUUCGUCUCAGUCGGUUCUACAGAUUUAACACUCAGCUUCUUCAACAAAACUUUCAGAAACACUGACGGAGACAAAAACACCAAAAACUGAUGGAAACAUUCAACGUCUUUCAGACCUCAAAGAAGAACCUCAGCUGCUUUUUAAAUCUGUGUUCCAGAACUCGAUAAAACACUCAGCGUAGAACUUUAAAGCUAAUUUUUUACUGCUUUGCUUCUGCGCAGACUGAAAAGAUUUGUUUUUCUUCACGUGACACGUUCUCAUGUUCUUGAUCUGGACUUCAGCUGCUCACAGAGUCUCAGACAUUUCUAAAGAACCGAACAGAGCUGCUGAGUCUGUGGAUGGAGUCUGAAUGACAGUGUGCCAUAUUAAAACAGAUUUAUCGAUGAAUUGUUGUGUUAUUAAUGUGUGACGUGUUCAGACCGAUGCACUUUCUGAGGAUUUCGGAUUUCUUCUGUUGAAUAAAAACCCGUUUCACUUUA